AUGGUCUGGCGAGAAACAGAAUGCAAGACUUUUGGAGAUUAUCACGAUAUCUAUCUUAAAACUGAUGUAUUGAUCUUAGCAGACGCAUUCGAGGCAUUCCGUAAAGCCUCAUAUCCAGCAUUCAAGCUCGAUCCAGCAAAUUAUUUAACCGCACCAGGUCUAGCAUGGGACGCAUGUAUGAAGGUAAUUAAAGUUAAGCUGGAAUUAUUUAAUGAGCAUCAAGGGGAUAUGCACGAUUUCUUUACAGCCAUGAAAAGAAGUAGAAUGUCUUUGGCUAGACGAUGUAUAGCUAGAGCUAAUAUUUCAGGAUUAGAAGGAAAUUUACAGCAGUGUAUAAGAGAGGGAUACAUUUUCGAAAAAAUAUAUCGAGUUCUGAGUUUCGAACAAUCUCCUUGGAUGAAACCCUAUAUAGCAAUGAAUACGCAACGACGAGCAAAAGCAAAAAAUGUAUUCGAAAGAGAUUUCUGGAAGUUAAUGAAUAACUCUGUAUUUGGGAAAACUAUGGAAGAUGUUAGAAUGCGAGUAAAUAUUGAUUUACGCAGACUAAUUUCAGAUCCUGCAUUUGUUAGUCGGGCAUGUAUUCUCGAUCUUUCUAAAUAUUUUAUUGAGACGGAAAAUAUAUAUCAAGACAUGAUCGAUGAUUGUGAUUUAUUCGAUUUCAGCGAUUACCCUGAAGACCAUUGGGUAAUAAAGAAUCUUCCAGAAGAUCAAUGGAUAAUUAAUGAAGAAG